AUGGCCCGAGUUAGCGCAGCAAGACCCUUUCAUAAUACAGGAGUCGAUUAUUGUGGCCCCUUCUAUACCCGGGACCGUAUUAGACGUAACAGUAAGAAAUAUAAAACCUAUGUGGCAGUCUUUAUAUGCAUGUCGGUAAAGGCAGUACACAUUGAAUUAGUGGAGGAUUUGAGCGCAGAUUCCUUCAUCGCAGCAACAAAGAGAUUCAUAGCUCGGCGAGGAAAAGUUGCGAACCUAUACUCCGACAAUGGAACUAAUUUCGUCGGAGCAGAACGCGAAUUACGGCAAGUGUUCGAGACUAACGAAUUUAAGAAUUCCGUCCAAGAGUAUGCAGCUUCCGAACAAAUGAAGUGGCAUUUUAUACCUGCUCGAUCCCCUCAUUUUGAGGGACUUUGGGAAUCGGCGGUGCGGUUAUUAAAGUUACAUUUGAAACGAACUAUGUAG